UGCGCUGGGGAAACACCACUGUCUGAGGGCACUCCGCCAAGUGCAAGGCCGAAUACCGUUAGAAGGAAAACUCACCAGGAGCACGGCGACCCCUGGGAUUUCACGUCGUUUUUUCGCGCGAAGCAUGUGUGUGCAACUGCUGUGUUCCUCUUCGAAAGCGAUCAUCAGUGCAGGAGGCGUAUUAUAUAAGCCGAGCAGACACCCUUUCAGGAUCAGUUCUCCUGGGCGUUAGAGGUUCAGAUAUCCAUCAUGGUUUCCAGAACAACGAUCUGCAUUUUCAUUGUGCUUGCUGUAGCUGCCGCUGUAUGCAACGCAGAGUUUGGAACCGGAGGAGGAGGACGACGUCCCCACUUUAACUUCAAGCCGGAACCUCCAAGGCACCGCGUUGACGUCUUCGGUUCUGCCGCUGGAAACAACCGCAGGAACUUCAAUGCCAACGUGGGCGCAAGAGGAGAAUACGAUCUGCAUCGCUUUAGGAACGGAGGCCGCAUCACUGGUCACGUGGAAGGGUCCCAGUCCUUCGGUCGCUUCGACGGACAUUCGUACAGGGGAAAACCACAGGGAAGAGUUGGCAUCAGCGCUCACAUCCCAUUCUAAACCUGAGGCGAUCUUCUACGGAAGAGCAACUGGGCACUGUUGCAGAAGAUUAUGAGUUCCUACGUUCGUGUGAUAUUUCAUUAAGUUCCUUACGUGAUGAAACGUGUAAACUAGUCUCAAGGUAGAGUUCCAUUUGUAAAUGGUGUUGUCCCUUGGGCAUCAUGAAACUUUGUGAACAAUACGAAAAUAAAAUACGCAGUCAAUAAUAAUGGUA